CUCUCGACUAUAAAUAUCACGCCCCGAUCCGGCUACUUCAUCGUCUUCCUUUUUCGCAGCGGUUGUUCUUCCGUCUCUCCCUUGCCUCCGAUCCGAUCCAUAAAUCAAUGGCGACGAAGAUCUAUGUCGUAUACUAUUCUAUGUACGGCCAUGUAGCAAAGCUAGCAGAAGAAAUCCAAAAAGGCGCUGCUUCUGUUGAAGGAGUUGAAGUAAAGCUCUGGCAGGUUCCUGAGACUCUUCCUGAAGGAGUUCUUGGAAAGAUGGGGGCACCUCCUAAGAGCGAUGUACCGAUCAUCGAACCAAAUGCUCUCCAAGAAGCAGAUGGAAUUCUGUUUGGCUUCCCGACCAGGUUCGGAAUGAUGGCUGCCCAAUUCAAAGCUUUCAUUGACGCAACCGGAGGACUGUGGCGAUCUCAGGCUCUAGCGGGCAAGCCUGCCGGAAUUUUCUACAGCACAGGAUCGCAAGGCGGCGGCCAAGAGACUACUCCUUUGACAGCCAUAACUCAGUUGGCUCACCAUGGCAUGAUCUUCGUCCCAAUUGGCUACACUUUCGGUGUAGGAAUGUUUGAGAUGGAAAACAUCAAGGGCGGGAGCCCUUACGGCGCCGGCACAUACGCCGGCGAUGGCUCAAGAAACCCAUCCCAGUUAGAGCUGGAACAGGCUUUCCACCAAGGCAAGUACUUCGCCACCAUUACUAACAGGUUUAAAGCUUCCUCUUGAUCCCACUGAUCAAUUAAUUAAUAAAUAAAGCAUCUUACGCUUUGUUAGCAACCCCCCAGUGAUCAAUGAGCAUUGCUUGCGUAUCUCUCUUUUCUCUGCUUUGCGUCAAGUAUUCCUGUUUUUGUAACCCUGUGUUUUUACUAAGAACAGUCGAGCAUCAAUUAAUAUAAUUUUUCUACCAUUUAAA